UGUAGGGGAGGUAUGUCUAAAAUGACAUACCAGGGUAAAAUGACAUACUAGGCUGUUUUGCAAUAAAAGGUAAUUUUCAGAAAGGGGGAAGAGAAAUUUCUUGUGCAGCAGUUGGUAUACAGCCAUUUCAAACUCUCCAGCUGAUCGGCACAGCUCCAGUUCAGUUGCAAGAGCCUGCUAUCUGUGAGUUGAUUGUUUGGACUAACCUCAAAUUUUUGAGGGAACGAGAUUUUUACCCUAGUAUUUUCGCAAGAUGGGAAAAUACAAGAGGAAAUCCAACAGACAGUCAUGGAGUGAGGAGUCAAUGGCUAAUGCUAUCAAAGCAAUCGAGGAAAAAACCAUGGGAUGGCUGAAAGCUGCUAAGACGUUUGGAGUUCCCCAGGCAACUUUAAGGAGGAGGGUAGAGGGGGGUAAAAAUAAAAUAUUUAAAGGUGUAAAAAAAGGUUUAGGUCGUUAUCAACCAACAUUUGAUGUGGCUACAGAAAAGGAGUUGCUUGAGCACAUCAAACUGUUGGAAUCCAGGGGCUUUGGACUUUCAGCUUCUGAUGUUCGUAAGCUUGCCUUCCAAAUUGCUGAAAAAAAUGGAAUUCCUAAUAGAUUUAAUUGUGAAAAAGAAGCUGCAGGAUGCGAUUGGCUGUUAGGAUUUCGUAGAAGAAAUCCUGGGAUUUCUCUAAGGAAGCCUGAGGGUACUAGUUUUUCUCGUGCAUCUGGCUUCAACCAGAAAAGUGUGAAAUCUUUUUUCAAUACCUAUGAAAGUGUUCUCGGCUCAAUGAACAUCUCAGCAAAUAGAAUUUAUAAUCUGGAUGAAUCAGCUUUAUCUACUGUGCACGACCCCUCAAAAGUAUUUGCAACAACUGGAAAAAAACAAGUGGGAACAAUAACAAGUGGAGAAAGAGGAUCACAUGUUUCUGUUGUGUGUACUAUGAGCGCUACUGGACAUUACAUUCCACCUGUUUUCAUUUUUGCAAGAAAAAAUUUCAAAAAUGAACUGAUUGAUAGUGCUCCUACAGGCUCUAUUGGACUUGUACAAAAGAAGGGCUGGAUGACAGGAGAGCUGUUCGUUAAAGUGCUUGAGCAUGUCACAAAGCAUGCAAAACCUUCUACUGAAGACAAAAUUUUAUUGAUAGUUGAUGGUCAUGGAAGCCACAAAGAUGUUGCAGUACUUGAAUUUGCCAAACAAAAUGGCAUUGUUUUGGUUUGUUUGCCCCCACACUGCACUCAUCGAAUGCAACCACUCGAUGUAACAUUUUUUGGACCCCUAAAAACUUAUUACAAUCAGGAGGCUCAAAAAUGGAUGAGGAAUCAUCCUGGUAGGGUGAUAACUGUUUACCAAAUAUGCUCCAUUUUUUCUCCAGCUUAUGGAAAAGCUGCUACAAUCUUGAAUGCAGAGAAAGGGUUUUUGAGUACUGGGCUGUACCCUUUCAACCCUGAUAUUUUCCCUGACCAUAUGUUUGUUGCCUCCGAAACAACCAGAAGACUCUUGGGAGAAGGUGAAGAGAAUGUCGAUAAUAGAGAAACCACCAUCAUGGAAGCCAUUGAAACAACUUCGGCUGCUUUGCAGAUCAAUCAAAACCCAUCCACUAGCGGAAGGAAAUUAGCUGUGGCUGAGAUUUCUCCUGUGCCUCUUAUUCCAAGCCCAAUAGCAAAAAGACAGAAAAAAGCACGAAGCUCUUUUGACCAGCUCACCUUUUAUAAAAGAGCAGAAGGAGAAAAAAAGCCGAAAAGAAGAAAAAGAACAAAGGCAAAGUGCAAGACAGGUGAAAAAGCGAUUGGAGUUUGA